AUGGCCCAGGAACCCAGCAAAGCCACAUGGCGACAAGGCCUCUCCCCGCAUUCAGUGGUUGGACAUAUGUUCCUUGUCGUUGAUCAGAAGUACACUGGGAUAUCACAAUUGUUACGUACCGAACCUGGAGGGCAAACUCCUGGUUCUUCGUAUCCUGCCCAAAACGACGGACAUCCUAUCUUCCCAGAUUACGUUUGA